CAUAAUCCACACAUUGAACUUCUGGAAGCAGCAGCACUGGUAGGUAGGUAAAUACAGAAACUUCAUCUUCCUUCACCGGUCAAUAAACGCUUUGCACAGCUAUAUAUCAAAGUUCAGUCCUGAAUUCGGGAUCUAUCAAGAAUUGAAAGAUGGCUUGGAUGACAAGAUUUUUGACCGCGGUGGCAUUUUUAGCAGUCGGGGUCAUUUUCUCGCCGGAAACCUUCGGAUCAAAAUCGGACGGCUAUAACUCACCGCUGCUCAUCACUUUACUGAAGUUGGCUCACCUCCUCUGCUUCUCCACCGCCUGGGGCGCUGCUUUAUGGGUUACCUUCAUUGGCGGCAUCAUCAUGUUCAAAAAUUUGCCGAGGCAUCAAUUUGGGAAUUUGCAGAGCAAGAUGUUUCCAGCAUACUUUUCCAUGGUGGGGGUUUGCUGUGCAAUUGCAGUAGGGGCAUUCGGCUACUUGCACCCAUGGAAGACUUCAGGAGCUGCCGAAAAGUACCAGCUUGGGUUCCUGGUCACUGCCUUUGCUUUCAAUCUGAGCAAUCUUAUUAUUUUUACUCCCAUGACCAUCGAGAUGAUGAAACAAAGGCACAAGAUAGAGAGAGAAGCAAAUAUUGGGGAAGAAGUUGGGUGGACCAAGAACCAAGAAGUUGCCAAGAAGAAUCCGAAGCUUGCUGCCAUGAACAAGAAAUUCGGAAUGAUUCAUGGAUUGUCUUCUCUUGCUAAUAUCCUGUCAUUCGGUAGCCUUGCCAUCCACUCCUGGUAUUUAGCUGGUAAAAUCAAUUUAUAGAUAUAAGGCAUAUCCUUUUCUCUGAGGAUGAUGUGUUUGGCCGUAGCUAUGUGUAAUAUCAAACAUCAAACUUGCUCCUUUUACCUUUACUUCAAGGUCCAUUCUGAUUGCUUCCCAAGCAAGAAUUUGUAUCUCUGGACAAAAUCUUGAAAAUAAUACUUUUUCCAUCUCUAGCUUGGGAACUGCUUUGACGACUAUACAUGUGUCACACUAUGUGAUAGGACUUGAUAUUUUUCCUUUUUACUUUUAUCACGAUGAAGUUCUCCAUAUUGUUGACUACAGCAAACUUGUAAUAAAUCUCACUGGUAUUUAUUGAAUCUUAACGAGUGUAAUAGAGAAUUAUUCAUACUGUA